AGAUACCAAUAACUAGGAAUUGAUCGCUUUGAGCAGAACGUAUCCUAGAGACUGCUUUUACCAUGUACGUCAUCUCCCUCUAAGCAUUCCAGGAAUUGUGACAAAGUUACUGUAAGUGCUGUUUAUUCCAUCAUUUAUUUAUUCAGUGCAUUCCAACUUCAGAAAAUCCAUUUCUUUUUCAGAGUAGCGGCGGCUCCAGAAAUAUGUCGGCGGAUGUUUUCCGUGUGAUCAACGGACUUUACCUGGGGAAACACUUCUCCGACGACGCAGUUCUGUCGGCGUUGGCGUACAAGCCACAAGCUGGUGAUCUAAUGGUCGUCAGUUACCCCAAAUGUGGUACCACUUGGACGCAACACAUAGUCUACAACAUCCUAAUGGACGCUGAAGAACCUGAGGACCCGUUAGACCAGGUACUGCGAAUGCCUUUCCUGGAGAUGCAGGGAGCCGAAGCCGCUGUUUACGCUCCACAACCUCGCGUCUUGAAGACUCACUUACCUUUCCACAUGAACCCUUAUUCCCCAGACGCAAAAUACAUCUACAUAACGAGGAAUCCCUACGACUGCUGCGUGUCGUUUUACUACCACACCCGGAACAACCCGCCGUAUCAGUUUGGCGAAGGCACUUUCGAAGAGUUCUUUGAACUAUUUUUGCAUGGACGGAUCGAUUUCGGAGACUACUUUGACAACGUGCUCUCCUGGUACAAGCAUCGAAGGGACCCUAAUGUUCUGUUUCUAACAUAUGAGGAGCUUAAAACUGACACCACCCGGAACGUCCUUCGAAUGGCCGAUUUCAUCGGCGAAGAAAGAGAGACCAGGCUUAAAAGAAAUCCCGAGCUUAUUGGGAAAAUUCUGGAGAAGUCUAGCAUAAAAUACAUGAAGCACAAGAUUAGCAAUAGCCGGCAGGCCCCUAGGCGAGAAUUUAGCAAUUCACCGCAGAUGAAGACUCUUAGACCGGAGCUACUGAAAGGACUUAAUAAUGUGAUGGCGUUUACGAAGAAACCCAUGACCGGCAAUUUUGUCCGCAGGGGGCAAGUAGGAGACUGGAGGAAUUACUUCUCGCCAGAACAGAUUCAACGGAUGAAACAGAGAAUCGCGGAAGCAACUGUAGAGUCUGACUUCAUGAAUCUAUGGAGGAACGUAGAUAUUCCAUGAGUCUGGCAGUGACAUCCCGGUAAUGGCACAAGAAAACGCGGUAUAUGAAAAAUAUCUAUGGGAUGAACUAAGUAGAAUAUAGGCUCAUGAGGCAGUUUUCCGAAUCAGCAGGUAAUUUUGGCACGUCUGGCAAUAAAAUAUAGAUUAAACCACGUGUUAUGUGUCCAAGUGCAGAAGAAAACUUGACAUUGAGGUCUUCAAGUGCCAAUGCCCUAAAUUUAACAUCAUUGCAGAAAAUGUGGUGAGUAGUCUGACUGUACUAAUUCUGAUCGGUGACGCUUCCUCCGUGUUCCCAGAGUACUGUACAUACCAGGAGAGCUCACCGAUCUAUGCAACCGUUCCUAUUUUUGCACAUGUUUUCGGCAUACGAGUGAUUCAAUGACAACUCAAACAACUGACAGCUUCACACGUGCUAUCCAACCAACGUAACCUCUGCAGAAUAAACACACGGCGCUGAUCAAAUA